AUGUCAGGAAACAAUGAAAGUCAUCCAGAAGUGUUUAUCUUAUUAGGUUUCUCAAACCAUGCAUGGCUGGAACUUCCACUGUUCCUCGUUCUCCUUUUUAUAUACCCCUUGGCUCUGCUGGGCAACAUCUCCAUCAUUCUGGUCUGCAAACUGGACCACCACCUCCAUAGCCCCAUGUAUUUUUUCCUCUCUAAUCUCUCCUUGUUCGACAUCUGUUACACCACAAGCAUUGUUCCCCAGAUUUUAUUUAACUUGGGAAGUUCAAAAAAGACAAUCAGUUAUAUGGGAUGUGCCAUUCAACUUUACUUCUUCCAUUUUAUGGGGGCUUCAGAGUCUCUUCUCCUGGCUGUGAUGGCUUUUGAUCGCUAUGUGGCUAUCUGUAAACCACUUCGCUACACCCUCAUCAUGAACCAUCAGAUCUGCAUCUUACUUGUGUCCAUUGUAUUUUUAAGUGGCCUGACUUAUGCUGUGUCAGAAGGAACUUUGACAUUACAGCUGCCAAUGUGUGGACACAAUGAAUUAGACCACGUGGUGUGUGAGAUUCCUGUACUGAUCAAGACUGCCUGUGGUGAUAAGAGUUCCAAUGAACUUGGGCUUUCUGUGGUCUGUGUAUUUUUCCUUGCUAUUCCUUUGGCCUUGGUUAUUACAUCCUAUGCCUAUAUUGGGCAGGCUGUUAUGAAAAUUCAAUCUACUGAAGGAAUGAAGAAAGCCUUUGGAACCUGUUCUUCCCAUCUCAUUGUUGUCUUAUUAUUCUAUGGCCCUGCAAUUAGUAUGUACCUCCAGCCCCCUUCUUCUAUCACAAGGGAUCAGCCUAAAUGUAUGGCUCUUUUCUAUGGUGUUGUGACUCCUACGCUCAAUCCCUUCAUCUACACCCUGAGAAAUAAAGAUGUGAAAGGGGCUCUAGGCAAUCUAUUGAGAAGAAUCUUCAGGUCCAAGGGAGGAUUCAUAUUUAAAGUCAAAUAAAUCUGAGCAAGGUCUAAAUUAUUCUCAAAAUGAUGUAGCAAAGAUAACCUUGGAUUUGAAAUUAAGUACCUUGGUUCCAACUCUAAACUCUACUACUUGAUACUUGGUUCAUAUUGGUUAAGAAAAACUAUUUUUCUGGACCUACUUUUCUCACAUUUGAAACCAUGGGGAUGAAAUGAUUUAUCUCUGAAGUUUCUGUAAUCUCUAGAUGCUAUGACUGUAAGAUGUCUGUUGCUAUCACUAUCUCAUAUGGGCAUCUAGGUCUUGAAUUUAUCCUAUAUCCUAAAAUAUCUUAGAGUUCUCAGAUUUUGGAUAGUAGUGGUAGAUGCCUUGUGUUGUCUACAAUUUGUAUCUAAUUUAAUAUUUACAAUAGUGCAUGUUGCAAAUACUUGAAUGAGUGAAUCAAGCAAAUCUAUCAUACUUGAAGCCAUUUUUUCCAAAUUGAAAAGCUCAUAUACACCAUAGUUUAUUACUUAGGGCAAUAUUAAAUUGAGAAUUAUAAUGAAAGCUGGGAUUAGUGGAAAAUAGAAAUUAAAUAUGAAAUACUUGAAUAAACUUCAACUUAACAGGAAAGUUACCUUGGAAGAAAAAUGAAAUUAUCUGGACAAGAAAGACAUUUCUGAUAUGCCCAAGAUGGACAGAUUUAAAUGUCCUAUUGUAAUAAUCAAAUGUCAUCUUGAUG